GUCUCCCCCGCCGUCCUAACAGCACAGUAAGGGGUCACUACCCACACUCAAUACACAGAGAGAGAGAGACGGGCACAUUAAACAAACACCUAGGGCUGACAGCAAAGCAGCGAAGACCGUAAUUAAACAGCGCGUCUUUGCUCCCCGACCAGAAACCGUCACUCACCCCCUAACUGUGCCGAGGACACUGGGUUUAACUUCGUCUAAAUAGGAUGACAGGGCGAGGGUCGCUUGUCUCCCAGGGGAUUCUGCGAAGCAGCGUCUUUAGCCGGGUUGGACCCACUAGGCUACUAACUAGCCAGAUCUGAGGGACUCCAGACAGAACAGAGACCACCAACUUCUGACUACCUGAAAUCAGAACCAGGAAGUAAACAACACAGAAAACAACAACAUCAUGAAGACCUCCACCGUCUUCCUCUCGCUCCUCGCCUCACUCUCUUGUUCCCAGAGCGACUCUCCGGAACUCAUCGUGACAACGCGGGCAGGAAGCUUACGCGGCAUCCGCCUACCGACGCCCGACAGGAGUCACGUGACUGCUUUCCUCGGCAUCCCAUUCGCCGAGCCCCCGCUGGGCAAGAAGCGCUUCCGUAAGGCGGAGCCAAAGAAGCCGUGGUCGGGAGUGUUCGAUGCUAGCUCCUACCCCAACGCCUGCUAUCAGUUCAUUGACACCUCUUUCCCCGGGUUCCAAGGAUCUGAGAUGUGGAACCCGAACAGGGAGAUGAGUGAGGACUGCCUAUACCUCAACAUCUGGGUACCAACCUCCCCCAGACCUCACAACCUCACCGUGAUGGUGUGGAUCUACGGUGGAGGCUUCUACAGUGGCUCCUCGUCCCUGGAUGUGUAUGAUGGACGUUACCUGGCACACUCUGAGAAGGUGGUGGUGGUGUCCAUGAACUACCGUGUCGGGGCCUUUGGUUUCCUGGCUCUUCCUGGCUCUUCCGAGGCCCCUGGGAAUGUGGGGCUCCUAGACCAACGUAUGGCCCUCCAGUGGAUCCAGAAUAACAUACAUAUCUUCGGGGGCAACCCCAAGCAGGUGACCAUCUUUGGGGAGAGUGCAGGAGCAGUCUCUGUGGGAAUACACCUCCUGUCUCCAAACAGCCGCCCCACCUUUACCCGAGCCAUCCUCCAGAGUGGAGUCCCCAACUGUCCCUGGGCCACUGUUACGCCCGCUGAAGCCCAGCGGAGAGCUUCCAUGUUGGGGAAACUGGUGGGCUGUCCCUCUGGGGGUAACGACACAGAGCUGGUGGACUGUCUCCGUAACAAGCCCCCCCAGGACCUCAUCGACCAGGAGUGGCAGGUCAUGCCAUGGUCGGCCAUCUUCCGUUUCUCCUUCGUGCCGGUCAUCGAUGGCGUGGUCCUUCCUGACAACCCAGAGGCCAUGCUGUCAUCAGGCAACAUCAAAGACACCCAAAUCCUGCUGGGAGUCAACCAGGACGAGGGCUCCUUCUUCCUCCUCUACGGAGCCCCCGGCUUCAGCAAGGACAACGAGUCAUUGAUCUCCCGUGAGGACUUCCUGGAGAGCGUGAAGCUGAGUGUCCCGCAUGCCAACGAAAUCGGCCAAGAGGCUGUGGUGCUGCAGUACACUGACUGGUUCGAUGAGAACAAUGGAGUGAAGAACCGAGACUCCCUGGAUGAUGUGGUCGGAGACCAUAAUGUCAUCUGCCCCCUGCAGCAGUUUGCCAGGACCUACUCCCAGCUCCACUCUAACCUGGGUGCCAACAAUGGACAACAGGCAGGCAACGCUGGGGCCAUGACCAAGGACGGGAACUCACAAAGUGGAGUGUACCUGUACCUGUUUGACCACCGUGCGUCUAACCUGGCGUGGCCUGGGUGGAUGGGCGUUAUCCAUGGUUACGAGAUAGAGUUUGUGUUCGGCAUGCCACUGGAGAAGAGACUCAACUACACAGCCGAGGAGGAGAAACUGAGCCGACGCAUGAUGAGAUACUGGGCUAACUUCGCACGCACCGGUAACCCCAACAUCAAUUUUGACGGCAGUGUGGAUAGCAGGCAGAGGUGGCCGCAGUUCACCAACAGUGAGCAAAAACACGUGGGGCUGAACACAGAAUCUCUGAAGAUCCACAAGGGCAUGCGGAACCAGCUGUGUGCAUUCUGGAACCGCUUUCUGCCACGCCUCCUCAAUAUCACCGAUAACAUAGACGAGGCGGAGCGUCAGUGGAAGGUGGAGUUCCAUCGCUGGUCCUCCUACAUGAUGCAUUGGAAGAGCCAGUUCGACCAUUACAGCAAGCAGGAGCGCUGCACUGACCUCUGAGGAGAGGGGAGAGAGAGAGAGAGAUGCCGACCAUGUCCUUCCAUAUUAUCCUACAUGUCUUCAUGUGAUAUGUUGAGGCUUGGUAUGUUGAGGCUUGAUAUGUUGAGGCUAUUAUAUUUUACUCAAUGUGUUUUUUCUGGUUUCCAUUGCAGAGGUUAUAGCAGGUCUAUAAGACUUUUCAUCAGACAGGAGUUAUAGAAGGAGAUGGUCAUUGAUGAUGUGUGUGUGUGUGUGUGUGUGUGUGUGUGUGUGUGUGUGUGUGUGUGUGUGUGUGUGUGUGUGUGUGUGUGUGUGUGUGUGUGUGUGUGUGUGUGUGUGUGUGUGUGUGUGUGUGUGUGUGUGUGUGUGUGUGUCUGAACCUCUGGGUCCCACCCACCUCACUCUUUAAAAAAAAAACUUUAUUAUUUUCCAGUUGAUACAAAUUUCACGAUCUGCUCAUUUGAAAUGAUCUUUAUUUAAAACAGCUAGUGUUGUCUGUCUAUGUAUCUGUUCACUUGUCUUGAUCUCAUAUAUUCUUCCCUCUGGUUAUAUAGUGCUGUUCAUUGUAUCUCUGUGUAGUGUCUUCUGCUGUCUCAGUGGGCCCAAAUGUAAAAACCUAAAACCACUGAUCAACUGUUAUGUUAGACUAGGAAUCUGGAGCCAUGUAAAUCCCUGUGUUCUGGGUUAGAAAAGAACUGCACUGAAACUGUGUGUGUGUGUGUGUGUGUGUGUGUGUGUGUGUGUGUGUGUGUGUGUGUGUGUGUGUGUGUGUGUGUGUGUGUGUGUGUGUGUGUGUGUGUGUGUGUGUGUGUGUGUGUGUGUGUGUGUGUGUGUGUGUGUGUGUGUGUGUGUGUGUGUGUGUGUGUGUGUGUGUGUGUGUGUGUGUGUGUGUGUGUGUGUGUUACAUGUCCAUCUUGUUGAUCACUGCUUUGGUUUUGGUUUUCAAUCCAUAGUGUGUGUAUGAACUGUGUAUGCACUUGUCUGCAUAUAUUCACAUAUCUCUGUCAAUCACCUAUAUGUAGCUAAACUAACCCCUCAUGUAUGCCAGUACACCUACUGUUUGUUUUAGUGCGUAUUAUGAUAUUUUGUGUGUGUGUUUAGUGCUGAUGUUGUCUCUGUACCAACGGUUGAUGUGUUUCUCUCCUCCAUCCCCCUCUCCAUCUAUCCCUCCUCCUCUCUCUUCAAAUCAAAUCAAAUCAAAUCAAAU